AUGGGGCAAGUUGUGGAAAAGCAAAAGCAGUUGUCGGUGUACUCAGGCGUGAGGCAACUUGUGGGAAAGCAAAAGCAGAAAGUGAAUGAUGAAGAGCAUCAAAUGGGAAUUAUUGGUAAACACGUAGAUGGGAGUUACACAGAAGGGCAAGGAAAGCAGGAAUGUGAAGGAGUAAAAGAGGACAUAAGUGGGAAACGUGGGAGGCCUUCUACAGAGCACAGCUUUCUUGGCUCUUCUGUAUGCUACGGUGGACCAGAUGAGUAUUAUGGCUGUGUUAAAGAAAGAAAUGAACCUAUAAAUAUGAAUAAAAUUGGAGUAAGGAAACUGGAAGAGACAGCAGACCCAUCUAAUCUUGAAUAUGCAACAAGGGGAGAUUGGUGGAAAGGUUCUCUCCACUACUAAAAAAUUAUGGAGCAUCUCAUUUCCAGUUUCUUCCAUAAAGUUCAGGCAAUGUGUACAAUAGUAGAGCUGGAUUAAGUACCGAGAUCGAUCAGGCGUUGAAUAUGAUAUCCAUAUCAUUAUCUUUCAGUAGCAUGUAAAUAAGCAAAUAAGGAUAAGGAAUGAUACUAUAUACGGCUAGGUGUUUCUGCACUUAAAUAAAGUGGAAUCUCAAACAAAAAAGAGUCUUUUUCACAUCACCCAUAAUCCUUUUUUUAAAGGUUACAUGGUAUCUUACCUCUUACCCAUAGAAUGCUUUCUCUGUAAACAAGUAUGAUAUAUAUUAAUACUAUGCGCAUGCUGAGGAUAAUGGCAUCUGUUAGGGUUUACGCUAUUGUCAACAAAAGUAUUCAAAGGUAUAAUGCAAAUAUAGAUUAAUGGA